AUGGAUAUACAACUCAAGUCAUACAAACAGAUCAUAUAUAACAGUAUCAUCAACAACAAGAAGAGAUCGGCAAUGAUAUCCGUACCACAAUAUACUGGUGGACCAACAUCCUUUGAUCACUUCUUCUAUCUAACUGAGGGCGUAUUGGCAAAAGAUUGGAAGGAGGACAUCUUGCGUAUCCCAAACCUCGAGCUUAUUGUGAUGAACGUAACUGCUUACUCAUUGCCUGAGCAAAGGGUAUGGGAUGAGCUGAGUGAUGUAGUGGCUCAGAUUAAUGAAAGACGAUCAAAGGCAGAAGAAGAAUAUAUUAGACUUGUUUAUACAGUAUGGGCCUACAAGGUGCAGAUGCCAUCUACACUACCAUUCACAGAAUUGGUCGUCGUAUUUAGUGUCAAUCAAACUUCAUUCCCCAAAGACUUUGUCUUGCCACCGACUUUACGAUCACUGGAUAUCAGAGGCACAUUCCUUGGGAACCUGGACGGCAUGCUACCAGCUGGACUCAAACACUUGACACUAGAUGAGGCACCAGCAUGGGACCAGCCAAUCACUCCCGAGUCUCUGCCGGCCAGCCUAGAGACCAUGACUAUUGGAUUUCAGUACAAUCAACCGCUUGACCUUCUACAUACUAGUGUGACCAGACUAGCACUUGGCAGGGACUUUGAUCAAACGAUCACAUGUACUACACUUCAAUCAUUGUCUCUCGGAUCGAGGCUACCUCUUCUUAUCGAUCUGCCCAGCUCCAACAUUCAUUCAUUGGACCUAACAAGAGUUGACAGCAGGGUUAUCGCCGACAUUACAUCAUCAACCUUCCCAUCACUCACCAAACUUCAGAUCUAUUCAUUCUCCGACAUGAGAACAAAGCCACUCAAUCUACAAUCACUACCUCGAACACUGACCAAUCUUUGGCUUGGUACGCUCAACGAGCCAUUCAUUCUUCCAAGGGGUCUUCAGCAGUUGCACAUACCACUGGCCAACGACGCGGUGAUCAAGGAAUUGGGUGGAUCGGACACAAUCACCUCGCUCUCCAUUGAGAAAUCUGAUGAACUACUUCAACUUAGUGAUCUACCAUCGUCAGUCACUUCACUCUCAUUACAUGCUGGUUGUGAUGCUGACAUUUAUACAUUGCCAGAGACAAGUGCCGAGCAAUAA